GUCUAGUGGCAAUCUUCAAUAAAGCUCCGCCCUAAACCCCUCUCUGCUGGACUUACCGAAAGCGGAAGUCGACGUCAAUGGCGGUAUUCCCUCACCUCGUAUGCCUCCCCAAGUAUCGUCUUGUUCCCAUCUCUGCCAUUGUCACUAUCCUCUACUUCGUGUUACGCCUCUAUAUCGCACUUCUUGCGGGUCGGACCUGUCUUCUGUUUCCAAUCCAAUGCUUGCACAAUGAAACCUGGCGAACGAACCGAUGAUGAGCUACAACUCGAAGCCUUGGGUCACAAGGGCGAGUUGCAGCGCAACUUUUCGCUGCUGUCUAUGUUAGGGUUGGCUUUUGCCAUUCUCAAUUCCUGGACCGCGCUCUCGGCAUCUCUGUCUGUUGCGCUGCCGAGUGGCGGAUCGACGAGCGUCAUCUGGGGAUUGCUCACAGCCGGCAUCUGUAACCUAGCCUUGGCUGCAUCGCUCGCAGAGUUCUUGUCUGCGUAUCCUACGGCUGGUGGACAGUACCACUGGGUUGCCGUCAUUACGCCUGCGAAAUGGGCACCAUUGGCCUCAUGGAUUACUGGAUGGAUCAACGUCUCGGGAUGGAUUGCCUUGACAACCUCUGGAGGCCUUCUAGCUUCUCAGCUCAUCGCUGGUCUUAUAUCGCUAUUCCACCCGGAUUUUAGCAUGGAGCCUUGGCAGCAGUACUUGAUUUACGUCGCCUGGACACUCAUCGCUUUUGUUGUCAACGCUUUCUUAAACCGAUUAUUACCCUAUGUCAAUCGUACCGCCUUCUUCUGGUCUGUAGCUGGCUUUGGCAUCAUCUGCAUCACUGUUUUGGCGUGCGCUUCACCCAACUACGCGACUGCAGAAUUUGUUUUUACAGAUUUCAUCAACGAGACUGGUUGGCCUGACGGUAUUGCUUGGCUUCUGGGUCUACUACAGGGAGGCUUCGGUAUCACUGGAUACGAUGCGGUGGCACACAUGAUUGAAGAGAUACCCAAUGCAUCCGUCGAAGGACCCAAAAUCAUGAUAUAUUGCGUCUGCAUCGGAACAUUCACUGGUUUUAUCUUCUUGAUGGUCCUACUAUUCGUCUCUGGUGGAGAUAGCGACGCCAUCAUCAGUUCCCCUGCUGGCGCCCUCCUCCAGAUCUUGUAUAACGCAACAAGUAGUAGAGCCGGAGCUACAUGUCUUCUCCUAUUUCCUCUGGGAUGCAUACUCUUUGCCGAGAUUGCAAUCAUGACGACCUCGUCAAGAAUGACGUACGCAUUUGCAAGAGAUCGAGGCCUGCCAUUCUCCAAGUUCUUCGCAAAGGUUCAUCCGCGGCUCGGCCAGCCGCUUAACGCUCUCAUCUUGGCGAACGUGCUAACCCUGCUGUUCGGGCUACUCAUGAUUGGAUCUAGCAGCGCUUUCAAUGCGCUCAUCGCAGCUUCCGUCGUCGCUCUCGGAGUAAGCUAUGCCAUCCCCAUUGCUAUCAAUGUUUGCCGAGGACGGAAAAUGCUCCCUCCCAGAUCAUUCGCAUUGCCCAGCGCCGUAGGCUGGUUCGCGAAUCUUCUCGGGCUUGCUUAUGCCAUUGUCACCACCGUCUUGUUUGUCUUUCCGCCUGAACUGCCUGUUACUGCAAGCAACAUGAACUACUGCGUGGUUGCUUUCGGCAUCAUUCUCUUCAUCAGCACUAUUCAAUGGUUCCUUGAUGGUAGGAAGAAUUUCACAGGGCCUCGAAAUGAUAUGGGAUUGGAAGUGCUUGAAGCUUUGAAGAGCCACGAGCCAGGUGAUACUGAGGUCGGAAAUCCUAAGCUAGCGGCAGAGGGAAAGUAGUGCGAAAUUCAUAUAGCUAUCAACCGCUAGUAACAUCUUGGUACGCUGGUAAAUGGGUUCGGGGUACCUAACAACAGGUCAGGGUUAGGUUAGGGCUGCACAGACUCUAGGUUAAAGUUAGGUUAAAGUAGUUAAGGCUUAAAGUUAUAAUUAAGUAAAAGUAGUAACAGCUUUACGUUAAAGUAAGGUUAAAGUAGAUAAAGCUUAAAGUUAAAGUUAAGUAAAGGUAGUUAAAGCUUAAGUUAAGGUUAAGUAAAGUCUACUUAAAUAUAUAGCCUAUUAAG